AUGACAGACACUCAACUUGAGCUCAUGUUGAAUGGUACAAUCAGCAUUGAACUUAACGGUACUGUGGUGAUGGUCUCUCCAAACAAUCAACACAAAUUAAAACUCACUAUAAUUAAUAAUCCUAAUGCAACACCAAUUAUUACCACCAACCACAAUAUAAUCAUUAAUGGCGACACUGGUACCAUCAUCAAAGAAAGAUUGUCAGAAUUAUUCACAUUAGGUAGAAGAUUAUUCAGUGAUCAAUCGAAAGGUGUUUAUAUUUACAAAAUUAUUGAAGUAGUAAAGAAGUAUGUGGUGAAAGUGUAUAGGGAAGAAUUUAACUCUUCCAAUAAGAGCUUUAUGAGAGAAGUAAGAUAUCUAUUGAAAUUUGAUGGAACAAUAUUUAGACAUCCUAAUAUUGUCAAAGUUUAUUACGGAGAAACUCUUAAAAUUAAUGAUGAUAAUUUUAAUUAUUACAAAAUGAAAUAUUACAAGUUUGGUUCACUUGAUCAUUGGAUAAAUAAGUUCAAUGAUGAGAAAAUAUUACAGCUAAUCAUGCUACAAUUAGUUAAUUCAGUAUUCUUCAUACAAUCCCAUGAAAUUAUUCAUAGAGACAUCAGACCAGCCAAUGUAUUCAUAGAUGAAUUUAUUGAUAACAAAUUCCCUGUUAUAGUUUUGGCUGAUUUUGAAUGUGCCACAAAAAGUAAUUUCUCAUCUAGAAAGGAAACUGAAAUAAUAGGAGCUAAACUCUGUGCACCAGAGGUUUUUAUGGAAGGUUAUUCAUUUGAAAGUGAUAACUAUUCCAUAGGUUUAACACUCUUUGAAUUGAUUACUGGUAAAUGUAAUUUUCAAGACUUUGAUGUUGAAAAAUUAUCAUCAGAAUAUAAUCUUUCAAAGGAAUUUGCAGAGAUUGUUUUGGGUUUGUUGAAAUUAAAAACAGAGAGAUUGUCAUUGGAUGAGGUUAUUAAAAGGUUGCUUCAAUUAUUAAGUAACAGUAUUAAAUGGUCAGAUCACAUCAACACAAACAAUGGUAUCUCCAAACUCAUCCAUUCUAAUACUCUAUUUGAAUAUGCUGUUAUUGAGCAAGAUUUUAGAAACUUUCAAUUCAUCUCAGAAAAAUCCAAACAUGAUAAUGAUUUCAAAAGAGAGGCACUUAAAAGAAAUGGUCUAAUUUAUCAGUUUUUUAGAACGGAGGAGAAAACUAAAAUCAUGACCAAGUUAGCUUUCAUCAAUAAUUACAAAGCUUUAGAGUUUGCCCCUGAACAAAUAAGAGGAGAUAUCGAUUUGAUGAAAGAAUUUACUGAAUCAGAACCACUUGCUCUUGAAUAUAUCCCUAAUUCAAUCAAAGAAUACAUGCCAACAAUAGAAAUCGUGAAGAAAAAUGGGUUAGCACUUCAAUACGCUUCUCAUAUAGACCAGAACAACUUUGAAAUUGUGAAACGUGCUGUUUUACAAAAUGCCAAAGCUUUACGUUUCGCUACUACAGAUAUCAGAAAGAAUUUUUUAGAAAGAACACUUGGAAUCAAUGAUAAUAUUGUUGGGAAUAUAAUUAAUAAUGAAUCAUCAUCAUCAAUAGAACAAGUUAAAGUAAAAUUAAUAAAUUCAUAUGAAUGUUUAUUUCCAUAUAAACCAUAUGAUACACAAAUAGAAUUUAUGAAUAGAAUUAUUGAUACUUUGGAUUCAACAGAAAAAUCAAAUGCUAUUUUAGAAAGUCCAACUAUAGUAAUAAAAUUAGUAAAAUAUUAA